UAUUCAGGGUGCGGUGGAGACAAUUGGCAAGGACAAAAGGCAAAAACGAGUGUCAAGAGACACGCUGCGAAAAGAUGAAAAAGAAAAAAAAGUCGAGGAAACGCCGGCGGAAAAAGCCGAUGGAGGAAAGCCGGUUCCGUGGUAGGACAGGUAUUUCAGGUAACAGAAGAGUGGGGCUCAGUGCUGGCUGAGAUGGACACGGGUGAAGACAUCGCGACUUUUCUUUCUACUCUCCUCGUCGUCCUUCGUGAAGAAGCCGUUCUCGCGACACCACAAGAAAAACCCGUCGUCGUCUUCAAGCAGCCAGACCUGCUUCAGAAAGAGUUGAAUCUAACAUUGGAUGAAACAUGCACAGAAGAAGAACUGCUUUUAAUAUGCAGAAAAGUAGCAAGAUACAGUGUCAAAACGAGCCAUCCUUACUUUCUUAACCAACUGUAUGCUGGUGUUGACAAAUACGGUCUUGCUGGAGCUUUGUUUUCUGAAGCUCUAAAUACAAACCAGUAUACGUAUGAAGUUGCUCCGGCAUUUUCUCUGUGUGAAAUGGAAGUUAUUCGAAAGUCUUUAAAACUAGUCGGUUUCACCCAAGGCGAUGGAAUAUUUUCUCCAGGAGGGAGUUUAUCUAAUAUGUAUGGGAUUGUAUUGGCGAGGUAUCAAAAGUGUCCGAACGUGAAGAAGUCUGGCAUAGCUGGAAUGAAACCUUUUGUCGUUUUCACAUCAAAGGAUGCACACUACUCUUUUACGAAAGGUGCUCAUUGGCUCGGUAUUGGUACAGACAAUGUCAAAGCGAUUGAAGCCGAUUUCAAUGGAAGGAUGAUUCCCGAGAAGAUAGAGGAGGCCAUCAAAAUGGCAAUCAAAGAAGAUAAAGUGCCAAUAAUGGUCAAUGCCACUGCUGGCACAACAGUUCUUGGAGCCUUUGACAAAUUCAAUGAUAUUGCUGAUAUUUGCAAAAAAUAUGGUAUCUGGAUGCAUGUCGAUGCAUGUUGGGGAGGAAGUCUUUUAUUUUCAAAGGAUUAUCGAUAUAAAUUAAAUGGCAUUGAAAGGGCAGAUUCAAUUUCAUGGAAUCCACAUAAAAUGCUAGGUGCACCAUUACAAUGCUCUAUGUUUCUUGUGAAACACACGAAUUUACUUAAAGAAUGCAACAUGGCCGGGGCCACCUACCUUUUUCAACAGGACAAAAUGUAUGAUGUCAAGUAUGACAGUGGAGACAAAUCGCUUCAAUGUGGAAGAAAAGUUGAUGCUUUUAAAUUUUGGUCAAUGUGGAAGAUCAGAGGAUCUGAUCAAUUAUCUCACAUGGUUGACAAUGCCAUAAAUUGUGCCAAGUACUUUUUAGAAGAAAUAAAAAAGCGUCACAACUUUAUAUUGCUCCUUGAGGAGUUUGACACUUCAAACGUUUGCUUCUGGUACAUCCCAGAACGGCUCAUCGGACUGGAGAAAACAAAAACCUGGUGGGAUGAAGUCAACCAGAUUGCUCCAAACCUAAAAAAGAAAUUUGUCGAAGAGUCAUGCCUCAUGAUCGGGUAUCAACCCCUUGCCCACAGGAAUUUGAAGAAUUUCUUCCGCUUAGUCGUGACAUGCCACCCUGUACGUACCAAGGCCCACAUGGACAAUAUUAUACAAAUGUUUGAGCGACAUGGCAAAAAUCUUUGAAUUUAUACACCUAACAAAAUAUUUAUAAAAUUAUAUUGUAAAUUCUGUCUUGAUUGUUCUAACACAAUAUUUUGUAUAUUGUCAUGUUUUCAGUAUUAUAUCAAUUUAUCUCUUGUUCAAAUGUUAUUUCAUGAAAUUACUCAAAAAAUCAAAUUUUGAAUUCAAUAUUAUGACAUUGAUUCAUGUAAUUUGAAAUUGACAAAAUUACAAAAAUAGAAAUUGAAGACAAGAAGGGAAAAAGGAAGUGAAGUUUCAUACUUAUACAAGCCAACAAAAAAGUUUUGCACAGUAUGAAAAAACAAGUCAAUUGUUCAGUUACAUUUUACAUGAAACGUUUAGUAGACAAAAAAAAGAAAAAAAAGGAAAAAAGAGCAAUUUUCACAGACAGUAGAAAGCAAAAAUAAUAUGAAACUAUCCAUUAUGGAAGGUGGUCAAUAUUGUGUCAAUUGAAAAUAGUGUGAAUCAAAGUUGAAAUAAUAUACAUAAUACAAAAUGACUUAUCAAUGUGAAUGAAGUUACAUUUCCACAGCCUCUCUUUAUAAAACAAUUGAAAACUGGGGAGCCUCAGAAAAGAUCUGCCAAUGGGUGUAAGAAGGCCUAAGGAACAGGAUAAUCACAUCCACUUUGAGCAGUGCAACCAUCUGG